AUGGAUGGUUAUGCCGGGGAUGAGGGUAGCGACACCGGAGCCGUGGAACCCAUGCCUGGGUAUGUGGAUUUCACCACUAAAGCGUAUUCCGUUAUGUUCAGUGCCUUGGGAGAAUGCGCCGACUGCGGGCUAGAGCUCUCCAGAAGGACUCUCCUGGACAAUGCCCACAUCACCUGUACAGAAAUUGCUCUCUUCAUCCUCUGUGCCGUAAUGUGGACGAAGACGCGACGAGGUCUCACCGCCUACGUGUUUCAGCCGCUUGCACAAUGGUGUGACCUCCAGCCCAAAGAUGCUGCCAAGAUGCCUGAGAGCGCGUGGAAGCUGGUCUUCUACACCAUGUCCUGGUCCUACAGUACCUACCUGCUCUUCUUCACCCAUUACCCCUUCUUUCACAACCCCCCCUCUGUGUUUUACGACUGGAAAAGCGGGAUGUCCGUGCCGACGGACAUCGCCAUCGCAUACCUCAUCCAAGGCAGUUUCUACGGCCACUCCAUCUACGCCACCAUCUACAUGGACGCGUGGAGGAAGGACUCGGCCGUCAUGGUGGUCCACCACAUCAUCACUCUGGCUCUCAUCACCUUCUCCUAUGCCUUCAGAUAUCACAACAUCGGAGUUCUGGUUCUGUUUCUCCACGACAUUAAUGAUAUUCAGCUGGAGUUCACCAAGCUAAAUGUUUACUUUAAGACCCGAGGGGGGCGUUUCCACCUCGUCAACGACAUCCUCUCCAACAUAGGCUCUGUGAGCUUCAGUAUCACCUGGUUUUGGUUCCGUCUCUACUGGUUUCCUCUGAAAGUGCUGUACUCCUCCUGUGUGAGCAGUCUGCAGUCGGUUCCCAACAUCCCCUUCUACUUCUUCUUCAAUGCCCUGCUCUUCGCCCUCCUCCUCAUGAACAUCUACUGGUUUUUGUACAUAGUGCUGUUUGUGGUGAAGGUCCUAUCGGGGCAGAUGAAGGAGGUUAAUGACGUACGUGAAUAUGAGGAUGAGGAUGCAUUAAUGAUGAAGAGUGAGAAACAUCUCAGUGAGAGGUCUCACAUCUCAGAUGAAGGGAAACACGUGCACAAUGGAAUCGCCAAGGAGAAGCAUCUCUAA